ACAGUGAGUGGCACUGGUUAUGUCCAAUUAGAGCGUCGGAGGGCGGAGCCUUAGCCAAUAACAACAGUUUUGCAAUGUCACGGCCGCUCGGCUACAGAGAGGAUUUGGUAUGUUCCGGGUCUGUGUUUGAAACGGGGCUGCCUGCCAUGCUGCCGCUCACUAAUGAUGCAGUAAUCAUGUGAAUGCGGUCUCUGUAUGUGGAUGGGCACAGCUCGAAAACGCCAAAGAUGUUCCGCCUGGUGGAGCCCGUGGUCGCAAUUUACUGCUUUGCAAGCUUUUUUACAUUCCCUUUGAUACAGCAGUAUGUGUAUUCCAGGAUGCUGAUUGAGGGGUCCAGUGAUGGCUUUAUCAAUGGCAACAAUAUAUCCCAUUGUGAAACAAACCAAAGUGACCCCGCAUAUAUUCAUCAGAAGGAGGUCCAGAAACGAGCAUCUCUCUUUUCUUCAACGUUGGAUCUAAGUGCGCUCAUUCCAAGUCUUGUCAUGGCUUUAAUCCUUGUGUCGUAUGGGGACCGGCAUGGACGCAAAGCAUCAAUUUUACUGCCCUGCUUGGGUGCCCUAUUAAGUGUUCUCAUUUAUUGUGCUAUUGCGUUUUUCACUUUACCCCUUGCAGUUUUAUACCUCUCCUAUGUAAUCAGUGGAUUUAUGGGUGGCUUUGCCACAUUUAUAGGUGGUUGUUUUUCCUACGUAGCAGAUCUGUCGAAAGAUGCCCAAAAGAAGAAUAUCCGAAUAGCGUUCGUGGAUAUGGUUCUGGGAGUUUCAAGUGGACUUGCCGGCAUUGCCUCGGGCUAUUUUAUACGAGAAUUAGGCUUUAAUUGGUCCUUUUUAAUCCCAGGGCUACUGCACAUAAUUAACAUUUGUUAUAUUUGUUUUUUCCUGGAAGAAACAGUGCAAAGAUCUGAAUUCCAGCAGCCGGUGCUGAGUAAAGAAGGAUUUACAGAACUCUUUACUGGCGUGUUCUUGCUCUUCAGAAAUGCUUCUUGCAAGAAACGCGUGGUGCUGACUCUCUUGCUGCUUGCUUUCAUGUUGUAUUUACUGGCAAAUUUCGGAGCCGUCAGUCUGUUUACAUUGUAUGAGCUGGAUGCCCCUCUUUGCUGGGAUUCUGUACUUGUUGGAUGGGGCUCGGCCUUCUCCACCUUUUGUUUUGUGGGCAGCUUUUUUGGAGUGUAUUUAUUUUCUCGCUGCCUAAAAGACGCCUACAUUGUCUUCAUUGGAAUGACAUCUUGGAUUGGAGGGAUCAUUUUGGUUGCCUUUUCAACCACAACAAUCGCCAUGAUGCUGGUGAGAAUCCCUCUGCUGUUUGCAGCUAUGCCUCUUCCAGUUCUGCGCUCUAUUAUGUCCAAAGUGGUUUUGGAAAAUGAACAAGGGGCGCUGUUUGCCUGCAUUGCCUGUCUGGAGAGUAUAACUGGAGUUCUCACUAUUACUAUCUUCAGUGCAGUCUAUGCAGCCACCGUCAUGUGGUUUCCUGGAUUUAGUUUCCUGUUAUCAGCUGGAAUAUGCCUUUUGCCAUUUGGAAUUAUAGGGAUUUUGCUGCUCAUUGGCUAUCAAGAAAGGGAUCAUGUUCUACUAGUGGAUGACGAUACCAGUACUGAAGAUGGAUCCUGAUUGGCUGAUCUAGCAUGCAGGGUAUAUACAUCGGGAGAACAUAUGUGUGAUGUAAUAACACUGAAGUGUUUACACCUGGUCCAGUUGCCACACUAGCGAAUCAGCAGAUAGCAUUUACUGAUUGCUUGUUUAAAAGCAAACAUCUGAUUGGUUAUUAUGGUGACUAUUGACAGAUUCUAUAUAUUCAGGACCAGGGUGAGCACAAAAACAAAAUCUCCUGUAUUACAGUCAGUGCAGUUUCCUGCUCUUCUAUUAUCCCCUUCCUCUGUAUGAACAAUCAAAUCCAAUAUUUAUUGGAUGUUAGGGGAAACAUUUUCCUUUGCACUUAUCCUUUCAUGGAAGAAGAAUGUGGGUGAAAAACUGCUUCCUCACUCUUAAAACUAGUAGCCUUAAAAGGGAACUUAUUUUCUUAAAAUAAGAUCAUGAAUUCAUAAAUAUGAGUAUAGAUUAUUGUAUUCAGGGAGCUUUACCUCUUAUCUGAAACUAAUUAGACACUUCUACCACCAAGUUCACAUGAACUAUCCAUAUAAUCCAAGGAAAUAGCACCCCAAGUGGUCAUCUUAUCUUGAAAUAUGGUAAAAUGCUCGCUUGGCAUUAAAUAUCUUUUCAGCAUG